AUGGUCUCCAGAAUGGCGAAUAAAAGCAAGGACGAGAAGGAUUCAGAGAUAAAACUCGGCGAGUUUUACACUAUUUCCAGGCGGAAUACGGGACUCACGAAGACUUUUGUUUUAGAAAAACGGCUGAACACUAUCACGCAGCGAUUUGAAUACUACGUUCAUUAUGAAAAUCUCGACCGACGACUUGACGAGUGGAUCGAUGCGGAGAAGCUCGAGCAAGAAAUUAAAGAUUCCAAUGUGGCAUCGUCAAACGAUCAGCAAGAAGAGUCGAUGGUGACGAGAAACAAGAAGAGGAAAUACGACGAGAUCAAUCAUGUCUCGAUGCCUCUGUCUGACAUGGAUCCCGCCACUGCCGCGCUGGAAAAGGAACACGAGGCGAUUACCAAGAUAAAAUACAUAGACCGCAUCCAACUCGGCCGGUACGAGAUUGACUGCUGGUACUACUCCCCUUAUCCUGAAGUAUUCGGAAGGACGCCAAAGCUCUACAUCUGUGCCUUUUGCCUCAAGUACAUGAAGACCAAGAAGUCUUACGCCAUCCACAAGCGAAGAUGUUCACGCCGCAAUCCUCCUGGAUAUGAAAUUUACAGACAGGAAACCGGAAAUGAAAAAUUAGCAAUAUUCGAAGUCGACGGGAACCAUGAUAAAGUCUACUGCCAGUGUUUAUGCCUUGUCGCCAAGCUGUUUCUCGACCACAAAACGCUUUACUUCGACGUUGACCCCUUCUAUUUCUAUGUUCUUACCAAGUCCACGCCUGAGGGCGCUGAAAUCAUCGGAUACUACAGCAAGGAAAAACAGUCCGAUGAGAACAACAACCUCGCUUGCAUUCUUACCUUCCCGCCUUAUCAACGCCAGGGCUAUGGAAAACUUCUUAUCAGCUUUAGCUACGAGCUGUCCAAACGCGAAGGACAAGUUGGAUCGCCGGAGAAGCCCCUCUCAGAUCUCGGCCGCCUUUCCUACCGAUCCUACUGGACCUAUGUGCUGCUUGAAAACUUGAAAGAUUACCGCGGGCAAAUUACGAUCGCCGAUUUGAGCGAGAACACUUGCAUCUCGCGGGACGACAUCAUUUGGACGCUCCGCUCGCUCAAUCUUGUCAAGUACUGGAAGGGCGAUCACGUGAUCUGCGUCUCCCCCAAGCUGCUCGAGGAUUUCGUGGCAAGCCCAAGCUUCAAAAAGCCAAAAAUGCUGUGCGACCAGACUUGUAUCAGAUACACGCCUCACGGACGACGCCCAAGAGAGCUCAAUUGA